CAAAGGGGCAACACUGGAGGAGACACACUGUUACUCUGUCUCUCUCCUACACAGCUCGCACUUACCCUCUAAGUCCCACACUGGAGACUUAAACUCAAAGAAGACUAGAGGAGAGGAAGACUAUUUUUCACUGAAUGAAGGCCAUAAUAGUCUCAUCCCUUUUUGUGACUUGAAGAUAAACUACUCAUUUUUUAAUAUAUAUAUAUUGUCUUGAAGGCGCGGACAGCGGGAUUCUCUCCCCUCCUCCUUAAAAAAAAGAAAAAAGAAAAAAAAAAGUGUGGUCGGUGUAUAUCCAGGCGGGUGGAUGAGUUGUGUGGAUGUUAUUUCCUGGAUUUUCUCUUCGGGCUGUGUCUUACCGCGGCCCAGAGACGGCAACAGUGUGUGGAAAAGUAGAUUUGAAUGUUAAACAUAUGGCUUCAACGAGGAUAACGCGCUGGAUGCUUGGUGAAGCAUGGUGGUGAAGAUGGUUCGAACGUACUUAAUGGGGCCACCGUCAUGGAGCCGGGUUAAAUGGCCAAGUAUAAUGGGAGCAGGAGUCCUUUAUCUGCUGCUGCUAUCAACCUGUCUCGGCCAAGACACAGAAGAUUGGCAAUAUGAGGAAUGUAAACUGUCUCGGUCAGGUCCUCCUGCUACCAUCGUUGCCAUAGACGAAGAGAGCCCCAACGGAACGUUAUUGGUGGAGAACAUGCAGAUAAAUGGCGUGGCAGAGGGUCCGGAUCGUACCAUCUCUCUUUCUCUAAGGGAUAACCACGACUACUGGGUGAUUCUUGACUCCUCCAAACAGGCCCUUUACCUCAACAGCACCGGACGGGUUCUGGAUAGAGAUCCCCCCUCAUAUAUUCAGUCCAUUGUGGUUCAGGUUCAGUGCACCAACGAGCUGAUAGGCACGGUGAUCUUACAUGAGGUCCGCAUCGUUGUUCGAGACCGCAACGACAAUGCGCCACAUUUCCAGCAGCCAAGAUACUAUGUAGCCGUCAGUGAGCUGACACCAGUAGGAACCACCAUCUUCUCUGGUUUCUGGGGGAACAAUGGGGCGACAGACAUCGAUGACGGUCCCAAUGGACAGAUAGAGUACACGAUCCAGUACAACCCAAAAGACCCGACAGCCAACAGAACCUUUGACAUCCCCUUGACACUGUUUGGCUCUGUCGUUCUAAGAGAAAGACUUAACUACGAGGAGAUAACACGGUACCUGGUCAUCAUACAGGCGAAUGAUCGAGCUCCCUACCCCAGUGAGCGCCGUACAGCCACCACCACUCUGACUGUGGAUGUACUGGAUGGUGACGACUUGGGUCCAAUGUUUCUACCCUGUACGCUUGUGGGAAACACCCGUGACUGUAGUCCCAUCACGUACAAGGCUAAUGUGCUGGAGCUGACGGAGCCGAAUAAGGUGAAUCCCCUCAAUGUGACUCCACCCAUACAAGCUGUGGACCAAGACAGAAACAUACAACCUCCCUCUGACAGACCGGGAAUCUUAUACUCCAUCCUCAUUGGCAAACCAGAUUCCUAUGCAGAAUAUUUCAGCUUGAACAGAACCACGGCGGAGCUCCUGCUACUAAAGCCCAUCGAUAGAGAACUCUACCGCAGAUUUGAUCUGGUUAUCAAGGCAGAACAGAACAAUGGCCACCCCCUGCCAGCUUUUGCCAACCUUCAAAUCGAAGUUCUGGAUGAAAACAACCAGGCACCCUACUUCCUGGAGACCAGUUACCAUGGCUACGUCAGUGAGGCAUCGCCUGUGGGAACCAGUGUAGCGACCAACGACAGCCUGUCUACACCGCUGGCCAUCAUAGCUCUGGAUAACGAUGUGGAGGAGACCAGGGAUCCUCAGCUCCAGUUCUCCUUGGACAGCUAUUCUAAUGUUUUCUCUGUGUCUGCCACUGGAAUCAGAAGAUAUCUCACCCUGGUGCAGCCACUGGACAGAGAGACGCAAGACUCCUAUACAUUCACGCUUAUAGCAUCAGAUGGCGUCCAGCAGAGCACACCGGUUACCGUGACAGUAAAGGUGUUGGACGCGAACGACAACACUCCGACAUUUGCCAAUGUCUCUUAUAAUGUCAACCUGUUUACUGAUAUGAUGCCUGGAGAAACUGUGUUACAGCUGUCAGCAGUAGAUUCUGAUGCAGGUCUCAACGGUCAAGUCACUUACCGGAUCUUAGCUGGUGCCCAAGGACACUUUCUUAUUGGUAACAGCACUGGAGUCAUUACUGUGGCACCAGGUGUCGAGCUGACUGUGGGGCGCAGCUACGCUUUGACUAUAGAAGCUAUGGACAAUGGGCCUGCACCUCAUAGAAGGUCAUCCAUUACUACUGUCUAUAUUGAAGUUUUGCCCCCAAACAACCAGAGCCCGCCCCAUUUCCCCCUGCAACAAUACAACCUGGAGAUCAGUGAAGCUAUGAGGACUGGAGCCACAUUGCUUAAUCUGCAGGCAGUGGAUCGGGAGAGGGACCCCAUCACUUACAAAAUCCACAGCGGAGACCCCUAUGGACAUUUUGCACUACAACAGAAUUCAGGGUAUUUGGUUCUGGACAAGCCUCUGGACAGGGAGUCUCUGGAUUAUUAUACCCUGGUGGUCACAGCCUCAGACGGACAGCCAGAUGGGACCUCCACUGCGAUGGUGAACAUUGUGGUGACAGAUGUUAAUGACAAUGACCCGCUGUUCGAUUCUUCACUGCCAGUGAACCUCACUGUCACCGAAGAGCAGGAUCAUGCCUAUGUUGGGCAAGUCAAGGCUACAGACCCGGAUCUGGGGGCAAGCGGUCAGGUCCAUUAUCGGCUCGUCAACCACCAGCAGCUAUUUUCCAUCAACGCCACCGGAGCAAUCAGAACCGCUUUGCCGCUGGACAGAGAGGUGAAAGGUCACUACUUUCUGAUCGUUGAAGCCUGGGAUGGUGCAGUAGACCCCCGUCGAUCCAGAUUAACACUGUCUGUCACUGUUCUGGAUGUAGACGACAACAGCCCGAUAUUCACCCAACAAACCUACAACGCCAACCUGCCAGAGAACAGCCCCAAAGAUACCGUCAUACUACAAUUAAAGGCGAUAGAUGCCGACCUCAGUUCCAAUCUCACAUAUCGAAUAAGAGCUGAGGGCGCAGACCAGGAGAUCGUCGAGCUGUUCCACGUCGACCCGGUGACGGGGGAGCUCUCGGUUCUUAAGGUCCUGGACUAUGAGGCGCUGACUGACUCAGAACCCACAUACACGUUCACCGUAGAGGCUUCGGACAGAGAGGGGACCAUGCCUCCGGGACUCGCCUCUGUAACUGUCAGAAUAAUGGACAUGAAUGACUUUUCUCCGGUAUUCAGCCAGUCAGUGUACCGAGGAAUGGUUGCCCCUAAUGCUAUCAAGGGAACCAUCGUAACUACAGUGAUGGCCGAUGACUCUGACCCUGCGGGAACACCGGCAGGUCUAGUGCGCUACAAAGUGGACCAGGAAGCGUAUCCAUACUCUGCCAGUAUAUUUGAUGUGGAGGAACAGUCGGGACAUGUGAUCACCAGAGUAAAUCUUAAUGAGGAGCCCAACCUCAAGUUCAGCCUGGUGGUGGUGGCCUAUGAUGAUGGUGAGCCUGUGAAGGAAAACACAACUCUAGUAGAGAUCACAGUCCUUCAGCCCUCUGUCAUUCCUGUGUUCACCAAGGAAGAAUACAGGUUUCCACCAGUGAGCGAGGAGGCUGCUGUUGGAACCCCAGUGGGAGUCAUCAUGGCAGCUGCUGUCAAUCAAACCAUCGUGUACUCCAUCAUCGAUGGCAACCAGGGAGGGGUGUUCGCAUUAAACGAAACAACGGGAGCGAUUUCCACAGCCAAGCCCCUGGACUUUGAGGCCAAUUCCAGCUACGUUCUGAAGGUAGAGGCAGACUCCAUGAGAGUGGUGUCCUCAAACCUCCGCGCCCCCUCAAAGACUAACACAGCUAAGGUGGUGAUUGACAUCCAGGAUGAGAACGACCACCCACCAGUUUUCACCAGACCCCUUUACAUUGGAGGUGUUGCAGAAGAUGCCAAAACUUUCACAUCGGUGUUGCAAGUACAGGCUGUGGACAAAGACACUGGCAACUACAGUUCAAUGAUUUACCGACUGAUCAUCCCCCCUCAGGCUGGAAAAGACACAAAAGACAGCAAAAACGGCUUUGUCAUUGAACCCUACAGCGGUGUAGUGAAGACGGCAAUCAUGUACCGCAACAUGAGGAGGUCGUAUUUUAAGUUUGAGGUGGUUGCUACGGACAACUAUGGUCAAGGACACAGCAGCAAAGCGGAGAUAGUGGUGUCAGUCGUGAACCAGCUGGACAUGCAGGUGGUUGUAUCAAAUGUCCCUCCAACUUAUGUGGAGAAAAACAAAGACAAGCUUCUCAGCAUUUUGGAACGCUACGUCGAGGAUCAGAUACCAGGAGCAAAGGUUGUCGUGGAAACCAUCGGGCCCCAUCGCCAUGGUGAUGGGAUGGAGCAGGAAGACUACACCAAGUCGGACCUCAUGAUUUAUGCCAUCGACCCUCUGACAAAUAGAGCAGUAUCUAGACAGGAGCUCUACAAGUUUAUUGACGGCAAACUCUUGGACAUCAACAAAGAGUUCCAGCCUUUCCUCCCUCCUGGUGGACGGAUUCUGGAGAUCCGCACCCCCGAAGUGGUGACAAGUGUAAAGAAAGCUGUGCAGGCUGUAGGCUACACAGAAGGGGCUCUGUUAGCUCUGGCAGUUAUUAUCAUCAUCUGCUGUGUCCCUGCCAUACUGAUCGUUAUUAUCACUUACAGACAAUUCAAAGAGCGCCAGGCAGAAUGUGCCAAAACAGCCCGUAUCCAGAUGGCACUGCCAAAAGGCAAACCUGGGGGAGGCACUGCCAACAACUUAUAUGAAGAGCUGGGUGACAACGCCAUGCGUGGAUAUGGACAACAAGAGACACAACAACUUCUGCGACCUUCUCUGCUCAGACCAGAGGAGUUAUCAAUGGAAUCUGGCAUCGACCCCGGACAGGACUACUACACACAGGAUUAUUACAACUAUGAUCAUGGGUAUGACCUUCCUCAGUACGGAAGUCGCAGGAAGUUGAUCUCACCCUCCGGCCUCUACGAUGAAUAUGGAGAAGUUGUUGUCGAUGACGACGGCAGCUACUACUACAGCCCACAGGAGUCUGACGGAGAGGUGAGGAGACAGUUUCGAGGAAGUAGAUUAGCCCCACACCCUGCUAACUUCCAGCCCCGUCCUCCACCAAGAAAGAACCCAGGAGACCCCAGAAGUGAGGGCGAUAAAAAACAACCAUUGGCGGUUGCUACGACCAUAAACACAAAGGCCAAGGGCUCGAGUGCGGCCGCCAGGUUGAAAGCCAUGAUGAGAGUCAGCACACUGCUGACCAAAGAGAGCAAAACAUCUGGGCAGCCUCCUGCCAUCCACCCACCAUGGAACAAAGCCAGAAUUGGACCGCUGGAAGUGGGGGGUGGAGGUAGAGAAAGGCUGGAAGAAAGAAAAGAGGAAGGCCUGGGGAAAGGGUUUGAGAGAGGGGAGGCAGGGAAAAGAGAAAACAAAGGAGGAGGAAGAGAUGAAUCAACAGAAAGAGGGAGAGAAAGAGGAGGUAGAGGAGAAAUGGAAACAUGGGGGAGAAGCAACAGAGGUGGUGUGACAAUGGGAAACAAUGGGAUGAGAAAUGCUUUUGGAGGAGAGCACAGGGGAGAACUCCCUGGCUUGUCGUCCUCUGGCCGGUCUUUCAGCCUGGACGGUGGCAUGGUCAUCAAUGGGAGCUACUUCCAGACGUCCCUUGAAGCCAGCAAAACCCUGCCAGUAAAACAAAAGAUGAGUGAGGCCCUCAGUCUUAUCUCCCUCGCCAGAAGGCUCCAGCGACCCGCCAGGGUGGGAGACGAGCAGUGGAGUGAUGGAAAAAGCUUGGAUAGGGGAGAGAAGAACAGCAGGAAGAUGUAUAGCUCCAUAGGAGAUAUGAGUGUUUCUGCAUCAGUGUCAGAGAGAGCCACAGAGGAGGAAAGGAGGAGGUGGGAGUUAGGAGAGGAAGAUAGUUCCAUUGAGGGAUGGUGGAAGAGAGGAAAAAUAUUUCAUGACAGCGAUUCUGAAACAGCAAGUGGCAGCAAGGACUCAGAGUUUAGUCUCUCCAAUGCAAGUAGCCCCACAUCAUCUGUCACAGCCGGGCACGAUAAGACCGAAUCUGAUACAGAAACAGAAAAAAAUGAGUCUGACUCAGGAGCAGAAAAGGAGGAGGGAACUCCUAACACAGACAGAGAGCUGGAGAGUGAAAGCCAAGAGGGAGAGGGGUCAGAGAAGGAGUCAGGGUUAGAGAGUGAGGAUGAGGGGAAAGAGUCGAGCAGAAAACACUCAAAGGGUAGGGUUAGUAACAGUUCCACAAGUAGUGAAAGCAUUAGUAGUAAAAGUAGAAGUGGUCGUGCCAAUUUAAAGAAAGAAAGCAUGAGCAGACGGAGAGGAAGGAGCAGCUGCAAUGAGUCAGAUAGAAACAGCAGCAAUGUCUCUAAAAGUUCAAGAUAUUCGGGUUCUACAGUUUCUAGUUCUAGGCCCAGAACUUCUAGACACCCACUUUCUUCACAUGAAACAAUAGAGGAAGAGAGCGAGGAGCAGAGUGAGGAAGAUGAGGAAUCAGGAGAGGAGGAGGAGGAAGAUGGGAAAAGUCUUGGAUCGCGGAAGUUGUCAUCGAGUAGGCGAGUUUCCAGCCACAACCAAUUAGAUAUCAGCUCGGGCGUGAUCGACACCUCGGACGACUUGUCACCCACCAUCGAGGACGCCGAAGAGGAGGAGGAGAAGAGCAGCAGCCUUGUGGGGGAAGGAAACCAGAAGGAAGAAGUGGGGGAUUUGGAAAAUGAGUCGGCUGAUUGAAAUGCAGAUGAGGACUGAGCCCCCCCUCCCCAUGAUUAAAUUCUUUGCCACUGACAUGGCAGUAGAAAACGUCGGGUCAAGUUGGUGGUGGACCGAGAAUACGAGACCAGCUCCACUGGUGAGGACAGCAUGCCGGAAACCCAACGCACCCGCUUACCCACCACCCUCAACAGCCAUGCUAACGUGAACGGAAG